AUGCCGCCAAACGCAAACGCGUCGACUCGCCCCAACCUUGCCGACCGACGACUCUGGUCCAACAUCUCCAUCGCCUCGAAGCGCUCGCAAUUCUCUUUUGCCACCUCGGCCUUUGAAGCAGACGAUGAGCGCUCCUCCUCCGACGCAAGCAUGAGCUCCGACGACGACGACGGCAGAUUGGCGGCGCUGGACGCCGCUGUUCCCCACUACGGUGGACAUGACACCCGGCCGACCAGUCCCAAGGAGAUCAAGGGCUGGUACAUGUACGCAUUUGCGGCAGAGACGUAUGUUAUAUGCGGAAUAGGCUCAUUCAUCCCCAUCUUGCUGGAAUCACUGGCUCGCGAAAAUGGUGUGCUCAUGUCCGAUCCCACUGUACCCUGUGGCAGCAGCGAUAGCAAGAAUAAAGACGACGGCCAGUGUGUCGUCUAUGUCCUCGGCAUGCCCAUCAACACAGCCAGCUUCGCCAUGUACACCUUUUCCGUCAGCGUCCUGGCACAGGCGCUCUUGGUGGUCAGCAUCAGCUGCGCCGCCGACCACGGCAGUUAUCGAAAGAAGAUGCUUCUUGCCUUUGCUUGGAUUGGCAGCUUUUCCGUCAUGUCCUUCAUCUUCAUCAAUAAAUCGGUGUACCUUCUCGGCGCAAUAAUCACCAUCAUCUCAAACACGUCAUUCGGCGCAUCAUUUGUCCUACUCAACUCGUUUUUGCCGCUGCUAGUUCGCAACCACCCGACACUGCUUGCUGCGAAAGCGCCCACCACGAAUGGCUUCGGCGGCCCUGCCUUAGACCCCCGACCAAGGCAAGAGUCCGUCGAGAGCCUGGCCAACUCGACCUCUGCGCUUCUACCCGACGAAGCCGCGAAUGGCAAUGGAUUAGAGCCUGGGCCGACGCAUGCCGAGAUCACAUCCAAAGAGCUCAAGCUAUCUACUAGCAUAUCUUCGACAGGAAUCGGCAUUGGCUACAUAGCAGCAUUGUUUGUUCAAUGCGUUGCCAUUGGGAUUAUUAUUGCAAUGAAGAAUACUACCUGGUCGCAGCGUGUGGCACUGUUUGUUGUCGGCUGCUGGUGGGCCAUCUUCACCAUCCCAGCUGCGCUGUGGCUUCGCCCAAGACCCGGGCCUCCGCUGACAAUCAACGGACGCACCGAGGGCAUUUCUUGGAUAUCGUAUUUCUUAUACUCUUGGAAGUCUCUGCUGAAGACUGUACGUGUGGCCCGCCGACUCCUGGACAUUAUGCUCUUCUUGGCGGGCUGGUUUCUCCUCUCCGAUGCCAUCGCCACGACGAGCUCCACCGCGAUCCUCUUCGCGAAAACACAGUUGCAUAUGAAACCAUGGGCGCUGGGGAUGAUCAACGUCAUAUCGACAGCGUCCGGCGUAUUCGGCGCAUUCGGCUGGUCGUGGAUCUCCAACUUCUUCGGCCUCAAGCCGCACCAGACUAUUCUCGUCUGCAUCGGCCUCUUUGAGCUCAUCCCCGUCUACGGGCUCAUGGGAUAUUUGCCCUUUGUCCAGCGCUGGGGUGUGCUGGGCCUGCAGCAACCGUGGGAGAUGUACCCCCUCGCAGCCGUCUACGGUCUCGUCCUUGGCGGCCUCGGCGCCUACUGCCGCUCCUUGUACGGCGAACUGAUCCCGCCCGGCUUCGAGGCGGCAUUCUACGCGCUCUACGCCAUUACGGACAAGGGAUCCAGCGUGUUCGGGCCGGCGAUUGUUGGGCGCAUCAUCGAUAAGACCGGCAGCAUCCGCCCUGCAUUUUGGUUCCUCGGCGCGAUUGUCGCGUUGCCGGCACCGCUGAUCUACAUGAUCAAUGUUGAGCGCGGAAAGCUGGAUGGCGGCAAGGUGGCAGAGGCGCUGGAGGGGGUCGUCGCGGAUACCCAUCAAGAGGAGGGAGACGACGAGGAGAGACACGCGAUGCUCAGACAUGACGAGGAGCAAGAUUCGGAAGAGACAGCCAGAGGUUAG